CCGGCCGCGACGCGACGCGAGUGACGUGUGGCGACGCGACGGGGCAGAGGCGGGAUGGCGGUGCUGCUACGCAACGUGACCAACGCGCUGUGGCACGCGUUCGCCGCCCUGGCGCCGCCGGGCUCCGCGCUAGUGGCCAAGUCGCGCCUCAAGGUUUUAACUGCUAACAUUGGCACCCUGCUCGACCUGUAUGGCGUGGAACGGGGUCUCGAUCACUUCCGCAGCACUCUGGAACUCAAUUUCCAUCACUUCCGGUAUUAUCUGCAAAGGGAGGUGGUGGCGCACCCGGCGGAGGUGGGCGCGGUGGCGUCGCAGCUGGUGACGUCGCUGGGGCUGGCGUGGGACGCGGCGGACUUCGAGGCGCUGGCGCAGGCGCUGGGCGCCUUCCGCUUCCCGACCUUUCUGGCGCUGCUGGAGACGCGGCUGGCCGGCGCGCCCGCCGCCGAGGACCCCGCCGGGCUGCGCGAGGCCGUCGAGGAGCUGCACCAGACCUUCCUGCUCGACGUGCUCAAGCAGCCCACGGAGCUGAGCUACUUCAAGGCGCGCGGCCGCGACCAGUGCGGCUGCAUCGCGCUGGACCCGCAGUGCCGCGUGGAGGCGGGCGCCGAGGGCGGCGGCGCGGGCGGCGCGGGGGUGGCGGCGACGGGGGCGGCGGCGCAGCGCCUCGUGCUCACCACCAGGGACCGCACCAUCGAGUUGGCGGCGCCCGACCAC